AUGAUUAGAGUGGUCGGAGGACGUCACGUUAUCAAGCAAGACACAGAGGAAGAACUAGGUGCCCAUUUGCCAACCACUGGAAGAAACCCAAUUAAGAAGUUCCCGGAAAGAUACGGCUUUGAGAUAGAUGAGCUGGUAGCACGAGUUGGUGGGUCGCACAACUUUGGGGCUGCCCACCCGAAGUGUUCUAACUAUGUAGGCACAUGGAGCAAGGAUCCACUGAGAUGGGAUGUGGAUGGCAAAGGCCCUGAUUUUUUUGUGGAUAUGAUGAAGAAUCAUUGGGGAUGGUUCUGGGUAUCGCAAUUUGAGGACGACACUUUGACAUACACACCUUCUCACGACCCCACAUUUCCUGAAGACAAAGAUGUCAGCAGUACCAGUCGCGGUGAGCAGUUUAUCAGCGGAAUAUCUUCACCUGACGCAAAGAAAAGCGGCCCUCAGCCACUCAAAGGAAGCUCAGAGAAACUUCAGGCUCUCCGUGGAUGUGCACUACUUACCGAGCCUGUGAAUAUCAAGGUGCCUGGAUGGAGAUACACGCACGGUUAUGCGGCUACCAUCUGA